UCUACCCCUUAGAAGAUGUUUCUGCAUGGGUAACUUCAUGAUGUUGCUGGGUGGAGUUACGAAAAUGAUUCGGUGCUCUGUGUUGUUACUUCUAUCUUCAAAAUCGUGGUGGAUAUGGUUCUCAGUUGGUGGUAAGAAAGAGGGACUGUUAUGGUACAUCAUCUAUUGAAUGCCUUUUUUGGUUCCUCUAAAGCAAUCGUGUGGCGUAGGAUAUGGGGUAUCACGUUGAUGGUACAGGAGGAGGGGGAAGAAGCUUGGAAAAGAAAUUGCCACUCCUUGACAGAAAAAAAGGGAGCCGACCAUGUCUGUAGCUUAAAUGUAAUUUACUAAUCUGAUAUAAUGCAUCUGUAGCUUGAAUGGAAAAGCUCUUCUCAGCUGUAUAUAUUCCAAGGACCAUCGGAGUUGAUGCCACUUUGAUCAAUGCGACUGUGCAACUUCAGAAGGAACUGUCUGCUCUGCAAUCUGAAUUGGAUCGGAUCCAAUUCUUACUGAAAAUUGCUGAUCCGACAAGAGAAGCUGCUCGGAGGAGGGAUUCAAAAGCCCAGACAUCAAAAUCUAACCAGCCAGAUAUUCCUGUUUCCAAUGUCACAAAAAAGGCUUUUAGUGGAGCAAAAGAAAAGCUCUACGCUAGCAAAGCCUGCAAAUGGUUCCUCCCAUAAAGAUAAAAGUCUUACCUUAGAAACAAGUAAACCUCCAGAAGGUGAUGAAGAUGUUAGUGACGGCAUAGAAAGCAAAGUGGCCACAUACACGGUCACAAAGCCUAUAUGGCUUGGUGCUACAGAGGACAUGUAAGUGAAAGAGA